AUGUGCCGCUGGCGCCAGUUUGUAUUUUUUGUGUCUUGCAUCCACCUGAUUCACUUAUUUUCGUUUCUCAGCGUUUGCAACCACUAUCUCCAAUGCGGACACAAAGAAACUCAACCAGAAGAGAUGGUUAGUUCGUCAUAUUGCAAGUUGACUUCCCAACGUCUCAUCUCUCGCAUAAAGGUCUUCUGCGACAGCGCCAACUGUAAAUUCAGUCCAAACCACCUGCCGACCUGCACCCCGCCAGAUUGUAUCAAAACAUGCUGGCAAUUUCGUCAGUUCCCGGAACAGUACAGGUCAACGACGCACGAUCCUGGUGCCGCUGAGAUCAAUUUGCUACCCUUGAAGUCAGAUUGGAGAUUAUCUACCAUACCGGAAGACCACGAGACAGAAGUAAACGACGCAAAGUCGCUAUUAAGGUGCCCAACGGAGGUUCCGGAUAAGACCUAA